CCGGAGUUAGUGGCCGUGUGCGCGAGGAAACCAGUGACACUGAUCAGAUGCAAGAGCCAUGCACCUGCGAAACGACAUUAACACCAUAUCUGAGUUAGCGAAGAAGAGAAAGAUCACUGUCACGUACGAGCAGGAAACACAGAUUUCAAAACAGAUCGGCGCAAAGAUAUACAUUGAGACUAGCGCCCGCAUAUCGGAGGCAUCGAUGAAGGAGGCGUUUGACGUGGCUGUUCUAGCGGCGAUAGGGAACUAUCGGACAGGAGCAGUGUCAUACAGAGACAACGCGACUUGGUGAAGCGGGUUUAUAUGAGCAAACUAGACGUUAGAGGCGAUCUACGAGACAAAGCGAUGAGCUGUGAUAUAAUGUAAAUCAUCUACCUACCCACCUGUCUAU